ACACACACACACGGACACACAGAGGCACACAGGCACGCUCCGAGCCGCUGUCCAGUCCAUCCCCACGCCGGCUGCUUUCCCCACCGUCUCCAUCCAGCCUGGCAGAAGCGGCAGGCACAGCUACGCGGCGGAUCGCGCUGACGCUGCCCCGGGACUCCGCUCGCAGCAACGCGCCCGCGGUUUUAAUCUUCAUAAGCUACAGAAGCUACAGACAGAUUUUUACCCUCUUUUUUCCUCUGCUUUUUUCUUUUUUUUCUUUCGGUUGUGGGGUAUCUGCUUGUGGUUUUGGUUUGGUGGUUUGUUUUUUUUUCCAAUUUUUUUUUUUUUUCUUUCGGCGUGGGGCGAGCGCUCUGCGUUAGGAGAAGGAGCCGGAGGGACAAGGCUACCGCUCUCCUGCCUCCGCCGUGCGCGCAUGUGUGCGUGUGCGCGCCCAUCUCCCCCCCGCCUCGCAAAAGUUUGCCUGGGCGGCCGGGGGGCUCCCGGGCCGCCGCCCCCGCAGCCGGGGGGCGCGGCGGAGGCGCGGCGGAGCGGCAGAGGCGGCGGCGCGGGACUUGCGCGCUGCGCGGGAGUUGCGCUCCGCGCCAUGCCGGCGGCGCGGGGGGCUGCGCGGCGCUGCGCCCUGGCGGGGCCGCUGCUGCCGGUGCCGCCGCCGCCGCUCCUGCUGCUGCUGCUGCUGCUGCCGGUGCUGCCGGCCGCGGGGACCGAGGGCAAGGCGCGGAGCUGCGGCGAGGUGCGGCAGGCGUACAGCGCCAAGGGCUUCAGCCUGGCCAGCGUGCCCUACCAGGAGAUCGCAGGGGAACAUUUGAGAAUCUGCCCUCAGGAAUAUACAUGCUGCACCUCAGAAAUGGAGGACAAGCUAAGCCAACAGAGCAAACUGGAGUUUGAAAACUUAGUGGAGGAGACGAGUCACUUUGUGCGCACGACUUUUGUAUCCCGGCACAAGAAGUUUGACGAGUUUUUCCGAGAACUUCUGGAGAACGCGGAGCGAUCCUUGAACGACAUGUUUGUGCGGACCUACGGCAUGCUGUACAUGCAGAACUCUGAGGUGUUCCAGGACCUCUUCGCGGAGCUGAAGCGCUAUUACACGGGAGGCAACGUGAACCUGGAGGAAAUGCUGAACGACUUCUGGGCUCGGCUGCUGGAGCGGAUGUUCCAGCUUAUAAACCCCCAGUACCAUUUCAGUGAGGACUACCUGGAGUGUGUGAGCAAGUACACAGACCAGCUGAAGCCCUUUGGAGACGUGCCCAGGAAGCUGAAGGUUCAAGUGACUAGAGCGUUCAUUGCUGCGCGCACCUUUGUUCAGGGGCUGACAGUAGGCAGAGAGGUUGCGAACAGAGUCUCCAAGGUCAGUCCCACCCCAGGGUGCAUCCGGGCGUUAAUGAAGAUGUUGUACUGCCCUUACUGCAGAGGACUUCCUACUGUGAAACCCUGCAACAACUAUUGCCUCAAUGUAAUGAAGGGCUGCCUAGCAAAUCAGGCUGAUUUGGAUACUGAGUGGAAUCUGUUCAUAGAUGCUAUGCUUCUGGUAGCGGAGAGAUUAGAGGGACCAUUCAACAUUGAAUCAGUCAUGGAUCCUAUUGAUGUCAAGAUUUCUGAAGCCAUCAUGAACAUGCAAGAGAACAGCAUGCAGGUGUCAGCAAAGGUUUUCCAAGGAUGUGGCCAACCUAAACCAGCACCUGCCCUGAGAUCUUCCCGUUCUGUCCCUGAAAACUUCAAUAACCGGUUUAGACCAUAUAUCCCAGAGGAGAGACCUACAACUGCUGCUGGCACAAGUUUGGAUAGGCUGGUAACAGACAUUAAAGAAAAGCUAAAGCUCUCUAAAAAGUUCUGGUCAACAUUGCCCUACACAAUCUGCAAGGAUGAGCGAGUGACAGCGGGUCCGUCCGUCGAGGAGGACUGCUGGAAUGGCCACACCAAGGCGAGAUACUUGCCUGAGAUUAUGAACGAUGGCUUGACCAACCAGAUCAACAAUCCAGAAGUAGAUGUGGACAUCACAAGGCCAGACACCUUCAUUCGACAGCAAAUCAUGGCCUUGCGUGUCAUGACUAACAAACUGAAGAACGCGUACAAUGGGAAUGAUGUCAACUUCCAGGACACGAGUGACGAAACCAGCGGCUCAGGCAGCGGGAGUGGCUGCACAGAUGACAUCUGCCCCACCGAGUUUGACUUUGUCACCACCGAAGCACCGCCUGUCGACUCGGACAGGAGGGAGGUGGAGGCUUCAGCCACACAGCCUGGCUGCUCAAUGCAGACAUUGCUCCUCAUCUUCCUCAGCCUCAUACUGCAGAGACAGUGGAGAUAAUCCUGGAUCUAGUCAGAGAAACUGUGUUUUAGCUACAGAAACAGCUUACUUUCUUCUUUUCUUAUACUCUUGGACAAUGGACCAUGCCACAAACACUUGCAGUUUUCUACAAGAUGGCAGUUAUUGCAACCUGCUUCCCAUUUUAGUUUUCCCAAAGAGUACCAGGUGCCAGACUGAACUGCUUCCUGCUUUUUUCAGAUAUCUCUGAAGACAAUAUCCACUCUUGAGAGAAUUCUUUCUCAAUCCUGUAUUACAGGAGACUUUCUGAGCUUCAUUUCCUUUUAUGCUGCAAAAGGGAAAAAAGAUCUUACAGUAUGUGUUUUUCCCCAGUGAGAAAAAAGACGGGGGAAGAAACCAAGAAAGUUUUCUUUCUGAAUCAAGCCUGACUCAAGGCUGCUGCAUUUCAACAGAAUAUCAACAAAACAAAAAAAAAAAAAAAGACAAGAAAGGAACAAAAAAAAUGCAAGCAUUCUUCACUGACAGCCAGGUUUCCUUUAGGAACUUCUGUAGGAUGAUUCAGGUCAUCAGAAUGAUCACUGUUAUAGGGAGGAAGGCUGGAUUUUUUUUCCCCCAACACAAAAAAAGUAUGUCUCAGCAGUGAAUGUCUUGCACUCCAUCUGCCAACCACAUCAGAUUGGUAUGAAGGUAGAGAAGCUGAAAAAUAAGUUUAUCUUUUAGUAUGGUAGUAGCUCCACUAGCUUCAGAAUGUCAUGUUACAGCUGCUUAGGAUUUGAAUCUUAAUGCCCAGUAAAAAUAAGAGUAGUAGCACGAUUUCACCUAGUUUCUUUUAGGAUUUAUCCAUGUUAUAGAAUUGUCACAGUUUUCCACUUAGCUCACCCCUGUGAGCUCACCAGCCAUGAUGGUAAUGUUAAACAACUCUCUUGACCCUUCACGGGUUCAGACAGAAAAUAAUCUCUUGUGAUGUAGUCUUUUUCCUUUUGUUGCUGUUCUGACAUUGAUUAGAACUUUUUGCUACUAUGUCCAUUACCCUACCAAGACAGCAAUUCUCUAACAGACUAACAGCAACCGGAUCAAUAGUGUGUUUCACACCUAACUACAUCUUUCAUAUCAGUUAAUUUCAGUGUCGCAAGGAGUUCUUCUACAAAAUUUCAGAUCAAACAAAUAUAUAGUACUGACAUGGAGAUUUCUUUCACUUUUUUAGUCUUAGUAUGAUCAUCUAUUUUUAUAUAUAUAAAUAUAUAUAAAUCACAGAUUUUAACUUCUUAAUUACAAGCUCAGGGUUGACACUUCUUUAUAAGGAAAAAAAAUGUUUGGUCAACCAACUCUUCUUUUUUUUGCUGCUCUGAAAAGUAACCCUUUAAUGACUGGUGAGCAUGAAAAUCAAAGAAGAGAAUUUUUUACAUAUCCAGUUGUCCAUUUCCUAACAAGUUUGCAGGUUGGUGAAGAAAACCUCUCUCAUAUGUGUGUAUUUGGUGGAGGGGGCAGGGGGGAGCAUGUGAGUUUGUAUGAUAGGCCUAGAGAAGGACAUGGAUGUUAAUUGUGAUGGUAAUUGUACUUCAGAUUCUUCAAGGAUACAUUGCUUUAAUAAUCAUUGUCUAAAUGGUUAUGGUCUGGGAUAGAGUUUCCCUAAUUUGCAUCUGGUCAUAAAACCCAAGAUUCAAGUUGUCUAAAUCCUGGACAAAUGUUGGUCAACAAUUAGACAUCAAAAUCUUCCUUCUUUUAUCAAUGACAGACAAAGGAUUUUUGGAGCAAUUCUGCGUGGUGUUAAAAUGAUUUGCCAUAAAUUUACUUCCUGAUUCUUAUGUUGACUCUGGAAAUGGUAUAGACAAAUUUUGGUAACACUGUAAAGCCAGCCAACCACAUUUCAAUUUAGCAGCAGAGCAGGUAGAUCGUAUUUAUUGCAAUUGCUUUUUCUUGUCAAAUUAUAAUUAGCUAUCGAUUUAGGCAUGAAAUUAAAAUAGAAAACACACAGCACGUUAGAAUAAAGUAUACUUAAGCACUUUUACCAAAAAAAAGUAUUUACAAUCUAUUUAUAUAGUAUGUCUCAUAACAAAGAGCAUAAGUUUUGAGCCACUUGUAUUCAAUUCCUUUUAUUCCCCAUUCGUUUACUUUGAAACAUAAUGAUAGAUAGCAUCAUAGAAUCAUAGAAUCAUGGAAUAGUCUGAGUUGGAAGGGACCUUAAAGAUCAUCUGGUUUCAUCCCAACCCUGCCAUGGGCAGGAAUGCCAUUCACCAGAUUGAGUUGCUCAGGGACCCAUCCAGCCUGUCCCUGACAGGUGGUCUGUUCUUCUGGGCCCAGAUUAGUAUGUCUCUGUCUAAGUGUGCAGAUCACACGGGUGUUACAUGGCCAUAGCAAUGCUUCCCACUUCUCCAAAUGUUGCCCUGGAGCAGGUCUUCUGAUUAAGCAUUUAUUGCAUCCAGGAAGUUUAAGCCAAUUUUCAUAGGCUUUUUCUUUUGCCCUGGUACAGCAGGUAUCAAGCAGAAGGUCUUUGGUUUUCAUUUUUUUCCUGAACUUGCACAUGCAGUUUUCUUUAAAAAUUUCCCCUGGUCCAUCUUUUUCUACCCAUCUCCACAUCCUCCCUACAUCCUCAGCAACUUUGUUUCAGGAGAAGUUAAGUCUGAUUUUCAUUUCUCUGUUUGUGUGUUUAUUUGGUGGUGACUGAUUCUAUAUCCAUCAGAUUAUUCUGGAUCUGAAAGCUUAUUGACAGGCCAAAGUGUCCAAGCCCUCUGAUGCAAGUCCUCUACUGUACUUGCUCCACUCUGCUAGUGAAGGAGCUGAUCGACCCAUCAGGUUUUUGUGUGGGCCUUGGCACACAUGUAGGUGAUCUGAUGAUUGUUUUCAGCUGGUGCAGCCAAGAUGUGUGUCCAGGGUGCUCUCAUCUAUUUGCAGACUUCCAUGGACUUUUGGACAAGGAGUAGGUUGGAUCCUUUUGGACAAGGAGUAAGAAAGAACUAGGGGUUCACUGAAAGCACUCAUCACUGGAGGAGCUUGCCCUGCUCUUCUUGAACUGGAUCUUAUAAACUGCCGCUCAAACAACACGCCAGCUUAAUCUUUGCCAAAAUGUGAUUCUUGCGGGAGUUCUGCCAGAAAUUUUUGUCUUCCAUAUUAUUAUUUCUCCUCUUAUUUUGCUACUAUGCAUGGUGAUAUUUUGUCACGGAUGGAGAUGCCUUUGCGUGAAGUUGCUGGGUAUAUAUUUCUUUAAUAGCCCCUAAAGGUCGAAUACACUCUUCAUACAUUGCAUUUUUCUGAGAUUAAGAGAGCUAUUAAAUCUACAGAGAAAAUUAAAUUUGGAAUGAAGGAGAAAAAAGAAAAAGCAUUCAUGUCCAUAAAUGUGAGAAUCUACAUAAUUUCCAAUUAUUCUAUUCACACAUCCUUUGCAUCCAAUAGCUCCUCUUCUGAGGUAAUUUUUUGUGUGCCACAAUUUAAAAAUUUCUCUUCUGUUAGCAGCAGAUAAAGUAAGAAAUUAUAAAGAAGACAAUUACAUGUUCAAGAAAAAGGAGCUAAGUCCUAAGGAAAAGCCCUUUGAUUGUGUAAACGCUCUAUGCUGCACAAUCUAGAGGUUCUUCACAUGUAAUGUUCUUUUAAAGUGGAGGCUAAAAAAAAUUAGAUGCAAUUAAUUACAUAACCAUUGCUGUAGGCCCCUGUGAGGUUUUAUCUUUCUGAUAUUAACUGAGUUGUUUUUGCAUCAUCCCCAAAUUAUUCAUGUUCAUUGUACUGCAGGUUUUUCUACUGAUGACUCAGUACACAGUACUGUAAAUGCAGUGCAGACUACCUGGACUCUGGCCAGACUUAGGCAUUUCGAAAAAAGACAAUCAGAAAAAAUUGAAAAAAGAGAAUAGAGAUUUCCUGCAAAAGAGGAAGAGGAAAGGAAACUGUGCCUCAGUGUUCUGGUAAGGGCUGACCUAUCCCAGUUCCCUAAGAGGUAUCAUAGACCUCUGUCCAUGGAAAGCUCUGAAAAUCUGAGUCUCAGAUGCACAAGUCAUCCCAGUUUUGUGGGACUUUUAGGAAGAAUGAUCCCCACAGAUGUGUGAACCAGUCUGAGCUGCUUCCAUGCAAAAUGGCUUUACUGUGCAUGUGACUGAGCACUGGCACAGAUUGCCCAGAGAGGCUGUGGAGUCUCCCUCACAGGAGAUAUUCAGGAACCAUCUGGACACAAUCUUGUGCCCUGUGCUCUAGGAUGACCCUGCUUGAGAAGGGAGGUUGGACCAGACAACCCCCUGUGGUCCCUUCCAACCUGAUCCAUUCUGUGAUUCUGUGAUUCUAUGAGCUGGAGCUGUUCUUGGGAGGUGGACUCUGUGUGCAGUGUCUCAGCAGGCAGCAGUUGCCUUCAGUUAACUAACUGAUUCUGAAACAUUAUCAAAUGUAACUAUACUUAUUCACUGAAACUUUUAUUAUUUCAACAUAAAAAAUAAAUUACAGCACUGAUGCAAGUUGUGUUUUUUGUUUUUAAUUUGCUUCCAAAGAUAACCCCUUAGAACUGAAUACAGAAAAUUUUAGAACAAUUAUGCAGGUUUCUAUAGAUUUCAUUAUGGAUAUUUAGAAGAAAUCCACAUUUCAAAGACCACAAAACUAUGUUUACUAUAUUAACCCACAAAUGUUCAAACCUGCUAGAGGAGAAUGGAUAGCGUUAACAGCAGUGGAAUGUUACAUGAAAUUGAAAAAAGCCAUAAUUUUAAAGGGAAAUUCAGCAGUCAAAGGCUAAGUCAGUGUCAGUAAUGAGAUUAUGUUGUCAAAACAUAAUAGACUCAGCAAUGCCUACUUUCAAGAAAAAUAGGGCAGGAGAUGCACUGAACAUGGCAAUGUUUUCAUUACAACUACUCAGAAGGACUGUGAGGAUCAUAUUAAUAUGUGUAAUUAUGACCCUUUUUGGAUAAGAUAAUGAUAAAGACCAGAGUACCAUGGUAACAGGGUGUGUGAAGCAUAAAUGUUGUGAUAGUAACAAUUUCCUCCUCUGUUAAACAGUGUAGGAGACACAAUGGAGAAUGAAAAGCUUUGAUUUUUAAAAUAAAGUUCCAGUAUCGGACAAGAGUGAUGGUCUCAAAUUAAUUUAGUCUGAACACUUUGCAGCAGUCUAUCCAAUUCAAAUUUGCUGACCAAUACAAACAAUCAAUCACUCGAAGGUAAUUUGCCAAUGUAACAUGAAGUGCUCACUUACAGUAUCUACCUUACUUUUCUACUAAGCUGAGUAUAUAGUUUAUGAUUCUGAUUGUACAUCAUAUGAGGUUGUCAACAGACUUGUGCAUUGCACCUGUGUGAAAUCCUGGUGCCAUGACAAAGCAAAUGGGAGCUCUGUCAUUAACAAGGAUUUUGACUACAAUCAGGGAGAAAAAAAUAAGUCCCUUUUUUUCUGGAAGCUGCUCAUAUGUGGUUUAUUUCUGACUCUUAAUAAAACAACAACACUGUCCAUAAAAGAAGUGGCGUUAGCAUUGUCACCUGCAAGUUUUCAACCUUUACUCCAAAGCAGUUUCAGUCUUUCCACCUGGUUCCCCCAUAGCCGAGGUCCAUGGACUUUCCAGGAGUUCACGAAAGUCAUAUGUGUUUGUCCACAGCUUAAAGUCUACACAGUUAAAUCAAAUAAUUUCAAGAA